AUGGUCACAGUAGUGUGCUGUCGAACGCGACACCGCGACACCCAUGAUGUAUGGAGACAGGCGACACUUGCUCUCACCACGCCGGUGCUGUUACCUGCCAUUUCGCGUCGCUCCAUCAAUAUAAGAUCUGAUACUCUUAUUUGGGCCAAUUUUGCUGAUGCAAAAGAGCACUUUGAAGAUAUAAUAUCACUAAAAAACGCUUAA